CGAGAGACGAUGCUUAUCACCACCAGGCCAUCUUUACAACGCUACGACGACUGGCAUCAUGGCGCCAACUCGAGCGUCCGUAGACACGAGUGAUGAGAAGGUAAGACCACGCCAAGACACCAUUCUGGACUUUGAGGAUCGUUCCCACCAGGUCCUGCUGACUGGCUUCGGGCUCUUCAAGGGGCACGAAUCCUCCAAUCCGUCAUGGGAGGCAGUCAAGCAGCUGCAGGGCACCACUCUGUCCUCGUUCGGCUCCAUCCCGGCCACAGUACAAUGCAUCAAUCUACCCGUGGUUUACAGUGCCACGCUAGAUACUGUCCCGCGUCUGCAUGGCAACCUGCCUAGCUCGCCAUACGCCCAGCCUGGUUUCGAUGAGCGAGGACCACGGGAUGGAUCUCAGGGAGAUGGGCGAUCCCUGCCAGAAGGGUAUGAUGGGCUGGCUUUGCCUGCGCGAGGAUGGGCUGCGGUCAUUCAUGUAGGCGUCGGAGCUAGUGGAGCCUUCAAGCUAGAGACUCUUGGGCACAAGCGCGGCUACAGGUCGAGAGAUGCAUUUUCGAAGCUCCCGCCUUCGAUGAGCGCUCCAAGCCGCCUCCGCCGCUUCUUUGGGUGGUGCUUGUGCUGCCGGGUCUUCGCCCCACUGUAUCUGCUUGGGCGGACCGUCGGCCUUGUCCUGCCGUCAAAGUGGCGCAGUGCUCUCUGGGCCAGGAUACAAAGCCUGUUGUCCGGCGUGGACCAGCAUGCGGAGCGUGGCUUCGGUCCGGGAUACGAAGAAUGCCCGGAUGAGGCCUUUACGACCCUCGACGUCAACGCUCUCUCUCGUAGAGGCCCAUAA